GGCGGGCUUGGCGCCCAGAGUCCUGGUCGAUAGCGAAAUUUGGUAGUGCUGUGUGAAGUCAUGCAGUCGUUAGUAACUAUAGUUUGGUGUAAAUAUGUGUGAUGUCAAUCUAUAUAAGUAUAAGGCUAAAUCACUCCCUCUUUUCCUUGUGUCUUCAUUGAGCUAUCUUUAAAUCGAAAACGAGAAGUCAAAAGUCAGAAUGAAGGUCUCAUAUCAAUUUUCUCUGGUUGUUGGGUUGGUGACUGGUGUUUGGGGACAGGCGGAUAAUGCUUGGAUUCAGGAGCAAUGGGAUGCUAUUAUUGUGGGAUCUGGACCUGCAGGAAUUGUUGUUGCAUCACGACUUUCCGAAGCAGGCCUCAAGACUCUGUUACUUGAAGGAGGUAAUCAAUCUUAUGGAGUUACGGGCGGAGACUUAGAUGCGAGAAGGCCGGAAUGGCUUAGUGGUACAAACCUCUCACGAGUCGAUGUACCUGGACUUUAUAAAUCCAUUUUUGCAGAUGGAGGAGGUCUCGUGUGCGGAGCAGAAGUAAAUGCCUAUGGAGGAUGUACUAUUGGAGGAAGUUCAGCUAUCAAUGCUGGAUUGUUCUUUGAGCCUCCAGCUUCUGACUGGGAUUUAUAUUUCCCUGCUGAAUGGAACUCGACAAACAUGGAUGCUUCCAUUCAACGCCUGUACGAUACUCAAACCUCGACUAACCUUACUUCACAAGAUGGCAUUCGUUCUCUUCAAACUGGAUAUGAUGCUGCGAGAAAAUGGUUGGUCGAUGGAUUGGGCUACAAAGAUGUUGAUAUCAAUGCUCAAGCCGACGAUAAAACUGACGUGUUCGGCUACCCAAUAUUCGAUUACAACAAUGGUCAAAGAGGAGGCCCCGUUACUACAUAUCUUCAAUCAGCCCUUCAACGCAGUAACUUCCGUCUCCAAAGCGGAGUCCGUGUAGUAAGAGUAGAACGGGAUGGAGAUACUGCUACUGGAGUCACAGCCUUAAUCAACGGCGUCGAAACUAUCAUCUCAACUACACCAACCGGAAGAGUAGUUUUAUCAGCCGGUGCCAUUCAAAGUCCCUCUCUCCUCAUGUACUCCGGAAUCGGCGAUGCCGAAACCCUCUCCAAACUCUCUGCUGCAGGGAAACUCUCCCCAAACCUCACGAGUGCCGAAUGGAUAAACAAUACGGCAAUCGGAGCCGGCCUUUUCGACAACCCAAAUACCUUCAUCGAACUCCAAGGUGAUUCCAUCGAAUCAUACACUUACUCCUACGACUCGCCUCCAGCUGACGAUAAAGCUCUCUAUCUCGAUUCCCGCAGCGGUCCCUACUCAUUCGCAUCCGAAACCUCCGUUUUCUGGACCACGAUUGCGCACGCCGACGGCUCCAUCGCAGGUCUCCAAGGAACCAUCGAUUCAUCCGGCUACUCCGACUUCACCACCAACAACACCAUCACCCUCAACGUCUACGGAACCUCAGGUCUUCUCUCAUCAGGCAAAGUCAUCUUGGACGAUAACUUCAUCCCCGGCCCCAGCGACGAUGUCUACUACUCCAAUCCCCGCGAUGCCAAGGACAUCGCCUCAUUUAUCCACACCAUCUUUUCCGCCCUCCCAAACUCCGGUCUCACAUCCAUGAACAUCCCACAGAACGCUACGGAAUCCGAAAUCGAGACAUACAUCACCACAGCCUCGGCAUACGCACGCGGAAUGGUUAAUCACUGGUCGUCGAGUUGUCGAUUGGGAAGCUGUGUGGAUGUGGACACGACGGUGAUCGGUAUGCAAAAUGUCCACGUGGUUGACGCGAGUAUCUUGGCGCCGGUGACGACGAAUCCGCAGUUUGCGGUUAUGGCGGCGGGAGAACGCGCCAGUGAGUUGAUUCUUGGGGUUGCGGGGUUGGAGUGCAGUUUCUGUGCGAGCGAUGACGAGUGUGAGCGGGAGUGAAGAGUUAGGUUAUGGAAGUGAUGGGAAGGGAGUGGAGAAAUAGGUCUAGUCACACGGGGACUAUGGACGAGGAAAAAUAUUAGGGAUAAAUGGAUGGAAAGGCGUUUUGGAAUUGAAAUCUAAUGAUGGCUGGAUUUAUAUACUACAUUCCUAUAAUGGAAUAUCUAUCGGGAGGUGUUGUGUAAUCUAUCUUAUCUAGUACAGGUAUGUGAUUGAGUGUGUCGGAUACAGACAUUCAGUAUAAUAUAAUAUCAAAUAUCAAAAUGCAAAUAUCAAAAGUCGACGCA